CCCCCUCCGCCGUCCCCGGCUCAAGUCAGUGUGGCUUGCAGUGCGGCUCGUCGUCCAUCUGCCCAGCCGACGUCUUCUCGGCCCGAGCCGCCAGCAGCAUGUCCUUCCUGGACCAGCCCUGGUGUCCCACCGGCGUCCAGGUGACGGUCCUCCAAGCCCGCGGCCUGAGGGCGAAGGGCAAAGGCGGCACCAACGAUGCCUACGCGCUCAUGCAAGUGGGCAAGGACACGUACCAGACCUCCGUGGUGGAGAAGAGCGUGGCGCCCGUCUGGAAGGAGGAAGCCGCCUUCGAGCUGCCUCAACACGGCGCCGGCGGGGACAAAGCCGCGCUGCACGUCCACGUCCGCCACCGGGCUCUGGUGGGUCCCGACAAGCUGCUGGGUCAGGCCGUCAUCAACCUGCUGCUUCUCAGCGAGGACAAGACCCGCCAAAAGACCGAGUGGUUCAGGUUAUUGGACAAGACGGGCAAGGCGGACAAAGACCGAGGCGAGGUCCUGGUGGACAUCCAGUUCCUGAGGAACAACAUGACGGCCAGCAUGUUCGACCUCUCCGCCGCUGGCAAGCCUCGAUCCCGCAUGGGCAAGCUGAAGGACAAAGUCCGGGGCAAGAAAAAAGAAUCGGAUCCGGCGGCGACGCCGUCCUUCACGCAGGUUCUGACCGACAGCGAGGAAGAUGACGCGGGGGACGGCGGCCGGGGAGCUAAGGGAAAAGAAGAGAAGAAGAAAAAACCCAAGUUAAAGUCUUUGUUUUCUCACAAGUCCAAUCUGCAGAGGAACAUGUCGCAGUCCAUGUCGGUGCUGCCUGCCAAGAACUCCUCGCUGAGCGGCAGCUUGUCGUCUGGCCUUAAUAUCGACGCCUCGGAAGGCAAGAAGAAGUUCAAAUUCAUGAAGCACAAACGCUCAGGCAGCUCAGACAGCAAAGAUCCAUCCGGUCAGAAGCACUCCUCUGUGGAGAAAAGCAACCUGUGCAUCAACGGCAGCCAUGUUUACUGCGAGGAACCUCCGCCUCGCGCCGCUCGCAACGGCUCCAACUUCAGUCUGGCCAGCUCCGGCCACGGGUCUAUGGAUGACGUUCCGGAAAACUCUCCCCCGUUGGUCAAUUCGCUGCCUGCAAUAAGGCAGUACACCGCCUGGGAAGAGGAGGAGGAGGAGGAGGAGGAUGGGAACGCUAAGGAGGAGAUGAUUGACAGGUUUGAUGAAGAGGAGGGCUGUGGAGAAGAAGAGGAAAGAUUAGAAGAGGAGAUGAGGAAGGAAGAGAAGGCCAGAAAAGAGGAAGAGGAGAUGAGAAGACAAGAAGAAGAAGAAGAGCAGGAGAGGCUGGCAGAGGAAAGGACGAGACAGAAAGAAGAGGAAGAGAAUAAAGAAAAGGCAAGGAAGGAGGAGCAAGAGAGGAGACGACAAGAGGAGCUGGGAAGAGCAGAAGAGAAGAGAAGACUGGAGGAAGAUGAGAGGAAAAAGGAGGAAGAGAGGAGGAAACAAGAACAGUUGGAAAAAUUAGCAGUGGAGAAGAGGAGACAGGAGGAGGAAGAAGAAGAAGAGAGGAGGAAUGAAGAAAAGGUGAAAAAGGAGGAAGACGAGAUGAGAAGACGAGAAGAAGAAGAAGAGCGGGAAAGACUAGCUGAAGAAAAGAGGAGACAGGAAGAAGAGAGAAGAAAUGAAGAAAAGGUGAGAAAGGAAGAAGAGGAGAUGAUGAGAAGACAAAAAGAAGAAGAGGAAGAGCGGGAAAGACUAGCAGAGGAAAAGAGGAGAAAGGAAGAAGAAGAAGAGAUAAUAAAUGAAGAAAAGGUGAGAAAGGAGGAAGAGGAGAUGAUGAAAAGACAAAAAGAAGAAGAAGAAGAGCGGGAAAGACUAACAGAGGAAAAGAGGAGAAGGGAAGAAGAGAGGAGAAGAAAUGAAGAAAGGGUGAGAAAGGAGGAAGAGGAGAUGAUGAGAAGACAAGAAGAAGAAGAGCGGGAAAGACUAGCAGAGGAAAAGAGGAGAAAGGAAGAAGAAGAAGAAGCAGAGAGAAGGAAUAAAGAAACAAUGAUGGAGGAGCAAGAGAGGAUUAGAAGACAGGAAAAAGAAGAGCUGCGGAGAAAAAGAGUCGCGGAAGAAGAAGAAGAAGAGAGGAAAAUGACUGAAGAAAAGGCCAGGAAGGAAGAAGAAGAGCGGAUAAGACGAGAAGAAGAAGAGCAGGAAAGACAAGCAGAGGAAAAGAGGAGACGGGAAGAGGAAGAGAGGAGAAGACAUGAAGAGAAAGCGAGAAAGACGGAAGAGGAGAGGAUGAGAAGGGAAGAAGAAGAAGAACUGGAACGACUAGCAGAAGAAAAGAGGAGGCUGGUGGAAGAAGAGAGAAAAAGGAAUGAAGAAAAGAUGAAGAAGGAGGAGGAAGAGAGAGUGAGGAGGGAAAAGGAGCUAGAAGGGUUAGCCAUAGAGAAGAGGAGACUGCUGGAAGAAGAGAAGGAAAGAAAGACGGAAGAGGAGAGGAUGAGACGACAAGAAGAAGAGCUUGAAAGAUUAGCAUUAGAAGAAGAACAGCACAAGAGGGAGGAAGAGGAGGAGGCGAGGAAGAGAAGGCAAGAACAACUUCUAGAAGAGAAGAAGAAACUGGAGGAAGACGAGAGAAAGGUGGAGGAGGAGAAAGAGAGGAUGCGACGACAAGAAGAACAACUUAGAGAAGAACAAGAGAGGAGAGAAGAGGAAGACGAGGAGAGGGUUAGGAAGGAAGAAGAUGAGAGGAAAAGAAUGGAGGAAGAAGAACAGAGAAGAGGUGAGGAGGAGGAAAGAAAAAGGGAGGAAGAGGAGGAGCGCAUGAGGAAGGAGCAAGAAGACAUGAUUAGGAGAAUGGAGGAGAAGAGGAGAGAAGCUGCAGAGAGUCUGACACACGCUCCUUCCACCAAUCCUUUUGAUGAAGACCAUCCUGACUCUACUUCCGGGUCAAAGGGCAGCACACUGGACACAGAGGCCGCCAUCUUGGAAAGCUGUCAAGUGGGGAGCAGAGCCCUUUCUGUGGAUGAAAAGAAGCGACCGGCUCCUCCGCCUCCAAGUACGACUGCAGUGGUCAGACCUGACCCACGGCAUCCGGCGCUCAUCGCCAAGCAAAAUAAAGACAAGGAGGUGAAGACGGCCAGUGUUCCACCUCAGAGCCGAUCUCUCCCAGAUGCAAAAAUCCCCAACACUUCCUCAGCAGCCAAACACACAAAGCGUGCAGCACCGUCAAUCCCUCGGUCGGACACGUCUUCGAAUCCAUUUGAAGACGAUGAGGAGGAGGAGGAGGACGACGACGCAGCAUCCUCACACGAUCACACCUCAGUGUCAUGGCCUCCACCUGUGUCCCAAUCUCCCGAUGCGGCGUCUGAAACCAAAGGCAAAUCCUCCAAGGCACGCGCACCCGCACCUCCGUCUAAGGCCCUCGCCGCCACACCGAGCACACUAAAUAAUGAGCCAAACCCUGACCACGCCCACACUGCGCCCGAGGACAGUCGGGCUGCGUCGCACCAGGGGAGUCCGCCGAAGGAAGCUGCAUGCCGGAAGAAGGACGUGCCUCCUGUGGCGUUGCGCAGACUUCAUCCAGUCAAACCCCUCGGUCCUCUGGAGCAGCAUCCUCUCUCAGCCAUUCCAAGAGAAACCGUUGAACACGCCGGACUCCUCGGUCCAGUUCUAGAGAACACGGAGGUGAAAGAGAGCAAAGCCAAGGGACCGUACUCCAUGCUCACCAAGGAGGAACUCACCUCCCUGGUGGUAAAACAGGAGAGCCAGCUGCGGGAGAAGAACGCCAGGAUCGCUCACCUGGAGCAGUACAUCGACAACCUACUUGUGCGUGUCAUGGAGGAGAAACCCAGCAUUCUCAUGUCUCUGAAGAAGGUGGUGUAGGUGGAUUCUAAUGAAUAUCAUGCUAUGCGUUACACGUAUGUGUGAAAGAUGGAAAUUCAUACACAGACACUCUACCUUUUUCUAAAACUUAGUUACAUUCCAGGUUUAAGCAGCGCUGAUAUAUAUUUACAUGUUUAAUGACGCCAACGUUUAAAUCAACUGUCUGUCUUCAAUGUAAGAUUUGCCUUCCAGAUGUUUAAAACUAUGCAGUUACACGCCUUCUUGCACUGAUUUGUUCAAUGUUUACAUGAUGAUCUCCAGAAAAAAAGCACUUUACUUGGCUUGCAUUAUUGCUAUUUUUACACUGAUGAAGUAUUAAACUAUGCAAAACUAAAUGUCCCU